UGGUUUACUGUUGAUCACUAAACUAAUCCUGUGAGUGAUUCACGUGCCCAAAUUUGUGUAUUAAUUGAAGCUGGCAGCCACCCUGAUGGAUUGUCAAGUGGCAACGCCUCGGGAUUGACUUGUUAUUUAUCGUCUUGUGUUCUUUAGCAAAUCUACACCGAUCGCUGUUGCUGUUUCUGUUGCAGACAGAGAGAGAGCGAUGGAUGGAGAUGGCGACGCCAUGAAGUUUGAAAGUAAUAAUCUUGAAGCCCAUUUGCUGUUGGGUGAGCCGCAGAGGGAUUUGGAGGUGGUGGGGGAGGUGAAGAAGCAGCUCACUCUGGCGGGUCCUCUGGUUGUGGUGAGCUUUUUGCAGUAUAGUUUGCAGCUGAUCUCCAUUAUGUUCAUUGGCCAUCUUGGGGAGCUCCCCCUCUCUGGUGCUUCCAUGGCAUUAUCUUUCGCUGGAGUCACUGGCUUCAGUCUCUUGCUAGGAAUGGGGAGUGCAUUGGAAACACUUUGUGGACAAGCAUACGGAGCAAAACAAUACCACAUGCUUGGCAUCCACAUGCAGAGAGGCAUGGUGGUUCUUUCCAUUCUGUGCAUCCCCAUCGCCCUUCUGUGGGCCUCCAUCCCCCAAAUCUUCACCCUUCUGAAACAGGACCCUUUGAUUUCAGAGCAGGCUGGGAUCUACGCCCAGUGGCUGAUCCCCAGCAUCAUCCCCUACGGCCUUCUCCAGUGCCAACUCCGAUUCUUGCAGGCCCAACACUUAACUUCCCCACUGCUUGUGGCCACUGCAGCCUCCAGCUUGAUCCAUCUUGUGGUGUGUUGGGGCCUUGUUUUCGGAUGUGGGUUUGGCAUCAAGGGGGCUGCUUUCUCCACUGCUCUUACUUACUGGAUCAAUGUCCUCAUUUUGGGGUCCUAUAUUAACUUCUCCCCCGAGUGUCACAAGACUUGGACUGGCUUCUCCAAAGAUGGAAUCAACAAUCUUGUUGGCUUCUUGGGUUUGGCAGUUCCUUCUUCUUUGAUGGUCUGGUCAGUAACUAACUGUGACCUUGUUUUGUUUUAUAAAUUGGAAAGAGAGGAUUCAAUGUUGUACUCGUACUGUACCAGCUUGGAGUUCUGGUCUUACGAGUUCUUGGUUCUGAUGUCGGGGGUUCUUCCCAAUCCACAGCUGGAAACGUCAAUGAUGUCAAUCAGCAUAAGCACAAGUUCAUUGGUGUUCAGAAUAGCCUACGGAUUUGGAAGUGCAGUGAGUACUCGAGUGUCGAAUGAACUGGGGGCGGGGAAGGCGAAGGCAGCGGCGAUGGCAGUGAGGGUGGUGGUGGUGUUGGGAGUGGCCGAGGGGAUUGCAUUAGGGGUUUUGUUAAUUUCACUAAGAAACAUAUGGGGUUAUCUCUUCACAAACGAACAGGAAGUGAUCUCAUAUUUGAGUCUCAUAAUGCCAGUUCUCGCCGUUUCCAACUUCAUGGACGCAGUCCAAGGCGUCCUUUCGGGGACUGCAAGAGGAUGUGGAUGGCAGAAGAUAGGGGCAUGGGUGAAUCUUGGAGCCUAUUACCUUGUUGGGUUGCCUUGUGCUAUAAUCUUCACUUUUGUCUUCCAUUUUGGAGGGAAGGGGCUAUGGAUGGGAAUAACAUGUGGAAGUUGUUUACAGUCCGUGCUCCUCCUGUUCAUUACCUUCCGCACAAACUGGGACGACCAGGCAAGGAAAGCGAAGGAACGAAUGAUUAAUUCAGCAGAAGAAUGUCGAGACCCACGACGGCGACGUUUUGUUUGUCGGCGAUUUUGCUCUUGCUUUUUUCAGGUCUCUGUAUCGUCAUUUUCCGAUGUGAUUUGAUGGGGCGAUGGGUUCCCAUUGUCGGCUUUUUGGUGCUCGCCGGAGCCGCACUGGUGGCCGCCAGAGCCACCGUCCUCGCCUGGAUC